AUGGCGGUGUCACUGCUGCUAUACUGGAUGACAAAUGCUUAUGGAAUGGGUGCUGUCCAUGACGGCAGUCAGCAUGCAAGUUUACUGUAUGAAGUGGAUCUAUGGACAGAGGUAGCUAAGUUUUUGGACGGGAAGUCUCUGGUGAAGCUGGCUGCGACUUGCCGAUGGUUCCACAACGUCAUCAUGCAUGACAGCGUAUGGAAGUUUGCUUGUUUGCGUGAUCUUCAAGUCCCAGCCCCAUGCCAAGUGGCAUUCAAGUGGAUCAAGCUCUAUGGUUCACUAGCUGAUGGGAGUCACUCGUACAAGUUCCGUGACAAUGAGAAGCACAUUGAUUGGAUGAGGAUUGGCGCAUUUUUCUUUGACUCCCAAGUAGCACUCUUGUCCGAGAGGCUCAGCCUGCCAUUGAAAAUAAUUAACAAAGACAACGUGGAGAAGGCUCUGGAAUCAAGUGGAGCUUGUGUUCUAAGUAACAUCAAAAAAGGGAUCUGGAUAGCAGAUCUCCAGCUUGUUCGAUGCCCUGUUUGUGAACUUGAUACAUGUGAGGGAACAAUGCAGACACUAGAAGUAAGGAAUAUGGAGCUGUUUCUGUGUGACGGAUACCAGAAUGCGAGCUGGGACUAUGAGCUGAUUGGAUCCUAUAAAAUCAACAAGUCUGUAGAUGCAGCUUCUGGUGGCAUUUUUGAUCUCAAACACAUCAAGGACCGCGCAAUGGCUGGUGUGUUUAAUCUCAAGUCAUGGGCAGGAAAACCCAGUGAUAUGCAGCCAAAGGCCAUGAUCACUUUCCAUUCAGUUGCAAUCCGCACCAAUUUACAAGAAAAUCAAGGGCUUCUUACAAAGUACUACACGAUGAGAGCUGGACCUGAAGGAGAAGUAGUUUCAAUUAGAAUCUCUCAGCAGCUUGCUUAGUCCAGUUCCAGUCACGCAUAUCUUAUACGCCAAAAUCUUGCAUUCUUCUCCACAGCAACAGCAAUGCAUUUUCAAUGCUGUCAUUCAAAUACAUAGUUGACCAAGCGAAAUGGAUUUGGUGUAGAUUCCUUGGUUUUUCAUUUACACUCGGUUGCUGCUUCAAUGGGACAAUCUACUAGAUAACGGCCUUUCGGCUGCCUUGUAACCUUGAUUGUUAAUAUUCUGAAGUUUUGCAAUGACCGAAUGUUCAUAAAAGUAAAAAAUAAUAAUAAAGAAAUCUAUAUAUUUGGGUGGAA